ACCAGGAUGGUCAGAGAUUAUUGAGCUCUGCACUUUGUAUCCUCCUCUCCGUGCCUGGGCAGUAUCUCAGCACAGUAGGCAUUUGUGAAUGAAAUGGCACCACCAAGCGCGGAAAAUUGCAGCAGCGGGAUUAAAGCUUCAAAUGCUAGUAAUUUGGGAUCAAACUUUUUCUUCACGGAGCUAGCGGACCAAUCACAAGAAGAUGUGAGUAAGCCUGUGACAGACGUUGCCGAUAAGUGGAAGUUGCUGCCCCAUUUUUUGCAGCUCCGGGGCCUGAUGCGUCAACAUAUCGAUUCCUUCGACUUUUUCGUCAACCGUGAGAUCAAAGAUAUUGUGAACGCCGCAUCCAAUCGUGAAUUGCGCUCAGAAGCUGAUCCUAAGUUUUGGCUGCGUUAUACGGACGUGCACGUAGGUGAACCGUCCGUAGACGACGACGCUUACGUGAGCUCCCGGGUGACCCCCUUCCAGUGCCGCCUUCGAGACUGCACUUACUCGGCACCCAUUACUGUGGAUGUCCGAUAUACGAGGGGGAGACAGAUAGUGGUGAAGCGCGGAGUCAUGAUCGGACGGAUCCCUAUUAUGCUCCGGUCCUGCAAGUGCAUCUUGGCUGGGAGAAGUGAGGCCGAGUUGGCCGAAAAAAAAGAAUGCCCUUAUGAUCCAGGGGGCUACUUUAUUGUAAAAGGCGUGGAAAGAGUAAUACUGAUGCAAGAGCAACUGAGCAAAAAUCGCGUUAUCAUCGAAGAAGAUAACAAGGGCAACGUCAGCGCCUCCAUCACGUCCUCAACGCAUGACAGGAAAGGGCGCUCGAAUAUUUUUGUCAAAAAUGGAACCAAAGUCUACCUGAAGAAUAACUUGCUUGGGGACGAUGUUCCAAUUGUUGUGGUGCUGAAGGCGAUGGGAAUGCAGUCGGAUCAGGAGAUCGUAUGUAUGGUCGGAGACUCUCCCGAAAUGUUGGACGCGUUCGCUCCUUCGUUGGAAGAGCCUUAUCAUCUAGGAAUCUGUACCCAAGCGCAAGCUCUUAGAUAUAUUGGAGCCAAAAUUCGGAACACUACACAGAACCGAGGACCGGGUCCGUCUGGCAUGGGUUUCGCGUUCUACCGACGGGCCAGCUCUCCGGAGGAGGAAGCUCGGGAAGUGCUUGCGUCGGUAAUUCUUAAUCAUGUGCCAGUCAUAAACUUUGACUUUCGAACCAAAUGCAUUUUUGUGUGCCACGUCAUCAGGCGCGUGCUUCUUACGCACAGGGACCGCAGCCAACUCGACGAUAAGGACUACUACGGGAACAAGAGACUGGAGCUGGCUGGGCAACUGCUUUCGCUCCUUUUUGAGGAUCUUUUCAAGCGCUUGAAUGUGCAACUGAAGAAACAGGCAGAUCAGGGCCUGAGCAAGCCAAAUCGGACGCAAAGUUUCGACGUGAUUAAAUGCAUCCGGACAGAUACGAUCACGAAUGGUUUUAUUCAAGCCAUCGCAACUGGAAAUUGGAAGCUUCAGCGUUUCCGAAUGGAUCGACAAGGUGUAACGCAAGUUUUAACACGGCUUUCGUACAUUUCGUGUUUGGGUAUGAUGACACGAAUCAAUUCUCAGUUUGAGAAAACACGAAAAGUCUCAGGUCCCCGCUCCCUUCAACCUUCUCAAUGGGGCAUGAUCUGUCCGGCAGACACGCCUGAGGGCGAGGCAUGCGGUCUGGUGAAAAACUUGGCCUUGCUCGCUCAUGUCACGACUGACGAAGAGAGCGAGCCCAUCCGUAAACUAUGCUUCGAUCUUGGGAUCGAGGAUGUGACGCUUUUGAGCGGGGCGGAGAUAAACGCCUCAAGCAAUUACCUCGUUUUUCUGAACGGACUCAUCGUUGGAUGCCAUUCAAGACCCUUGCGAUUUGUCCGCCUGUUACGUCUGUUGCGCAGGAAAGGGUUGGUAGCCGAGUUUGUGUCUGUGUGUCUACAUGAAGUUCAGCGUGCAAUUUACAUUGCCACAGACGGUGGCAGGGUCUGUCGCCCUCUUUUGGUUUGUGAAAAGGGCGUGCCCCGUCUUACAAACAUGAUGAUGCGCCAGCUCUCAUCAGGCCUUCUGACUUUGGCAGAGCUCAUUCGAUGCGGUGUUGUGGAGUACGUGGACGUGAACGAGGAAAAUAAUUGUUUAAUAGCUCUUGCUCAGACUCAACUGACAGUCAAGCACACACACAUGGAGAUCGAUCCUUUGACUGUGCUUGGCGUAGUAGCUGGGUUGAUACCUUACCCACAUCAUAAUCAGUCUCCGCGAAAUACGUACCAGUGUGCCAUGGGAAAACAAGCGAUGGGCACAGUCGCGCUCAAUCAGUACGAACGUUUAGACUCGCUUCUGUACGCUAUGGUAUAUCCACAAAAACCUUUGGUGACCACGCGCACAUUGGAUCUUGUAAAUUUUAAUGAACUUCCAGGCGGUCAAAAUGCCAUCGUGGCUGUCAUGUCUUACUCUGGCUACGACAUAGAGGAUGCCGUUGUGCUCAACAAAGCUAGUCUGGACCGCGGUUUCGGUCGAUGUCUCAUACUUCGCAAGCAUCAGACAUCUCUUCGUAAGUAUGCUAAUGGUGCAGCCGACAACCUUAGAGGCCCACCCGAGGAUACGGCAGCGGUAUGUUCGGGGAUGGGUGGGGAACCAAGCGCGGCACAAUCAAAUUUAGCUGGAGCAUAUUCAAUUCGACGGGAUCCACGAUUACGACGCUUUGAGGCGUUGGAUAAGGAUGGAAUCUGUCAGGUGGGAGAGCGGCUCGGAAAUGGAUCAGUUAUGAUCAAUAAGGAGUCGCCAAUAUCUGUGGCAGAUUUGAACAUGGGAAGUGGAGCAGAUCCGACGCCUUUCAAACCCACACCACUUUCGUACAAAGGUCCCGCCCCCAGCCACGUGGAUCAGGUUCUAAUUACUUCAAACGAAGGAGGAGACUUGCUUGUGAAGGUCAGUGUGCGACAGUGUCGACGACCGGAAGUUGGCGACAAAUUUUCCAGUCGGCACGGCCAAAAGGGCGUUUGUGGAAUCAUUGUAGCACAAGAAGACAUGCCAUUUAACGAUGACGGAAUAUGUCCGGAUCUUAUCAUGAAUCCACACGGCUUUCCCUCCCGGAUGACCGUUGGGAAACUUAUCGAAUUCGUGGCGGGUAAGGCAAGCGUUAUGAUCGGACGGCAGGCAUAUGGGACAGCGUUUGGGGAAGACUUUGGAAGCGCUGAUCGGGUUGUGGCUUGCUCUGGCGCUUUGGUUGAAAAUGGCUUCAGUUAUGUUGGCAAAGAGAUCAUCACGAGUGGCACAAGUGGGGAACCGCUACUCACAUAUAUAUUUCAAGGGCCCGUUUUUUAUCAAAAACUCAAACAUAUGGUGAUGGACAAGAUGCAUGCUCGCGCCCGCGGCCCCAGGGCAGUGCUGACGCGACAGCCUACGGAGGGACGGUCACGGGACGGGGGGUUGCGGCUCGGAGAAAUGGAGCGUGAUUGUUUAAUCGGGUAUGGAGCUUCUUCAUUACUCACUGAGCGGCUCAUGAUUUCUUCCGAUGCUUUCACUGCCACGGUUUGCGAAAGAUGUGGCUUAUUGGGGUAUGCUGGGUGGUGUCAAAGCUGUAGGUCGUCAGAAAGAAUGGCCGACAUUCGUCUCCCCUACGCCUGCAAGCUUCUUUUUCAGGAACUCCAGAGCAUGAAUGUUAUCCCAAAAUUAAAGCUGAUGGAGUUUUAAUGGAUGCGUUAACGCGUGGGCUGCGUGUCUGCUUGCCAUGUAAUCCAAAACAAUCAAGUAAAGUUGCUGGAAAAAUGCCGAGAAGAAUUUUC